AUGAAAAGGUUGAAUCUUGCAGAGUGUGAUAGAAUCAUAGACUUCGGGGUCAUGUUUUUGGAGAAAAUGUGUUGUUGGGCUUGUUUGUCAAGGGGGGAGGCUGGGUUUGUGGGGGUGGCUGGGGCUCGUGGAUUGCGGUGUGGCUGGGUUUGCAGAGGGGCUGGGUUCAUGAGUUGCAGGGACGCUGGGUUUGUGGAUUGUAGGGUGGCUGGGGUUGCGACAAGGCUAGUUGGGUUCCAAAUCUGGGUUUGCAAAUAUAAGGGCAGAAGAAAUGGUGAUGGGUUGUUCUGCUGCCAUUGUUGUGAGCUUGCUUGA